AUGGGCUGUAAUGAGAAGAAAGACAUUAUGCAGCGGCAACAAAAUGUACAACCACAAAUACAACAAACAUGUGCAUCGCCAAUGUUUCCAGCUGCACGAUGGAAUCUCAAUCCACGGGUUGAUACAGUGAAAUAG